AUGGUUCGGCCAAUAGUAAACCAUGCAGGUGCAGAGAGUAAAUAUUUCUCACACAUCGCCCCUCUUGCAAUAGGCCUGUUUGUUUCAGUAUCAUUACUCGUAGCUCUGUGCGCAAAACAUGCAAGAAAAUAUACCUCCAAAACAACCGAAGCAAACACGCCUUAUUACAAGAAGUCGCCAUUACCGUCGCCAAAGCAGCUUAUCUCGGCUCUUCUCAUUCAUCACCAUGCCAAGAAAUUACCGGAGAAGCAGCAACCGGAUACCGGAACGAAAGGUCAAUUAGAAGAAAGUACGGCUGCUGGGCUGUGGCAGAAGGCAAUUCUGAUGGGGGAUAAAUGCCGGCCGCCCGACUUUUCCGGCGUCAUAUAUUACGAUUAUGCCGGUAAUAGGGUUUCGGAGAUGCCUAUGUCACCCAGAGUGGGCCCCAUGAGCCCUUUGAGAAAUUUUAAUUUUCCUACUGAUGUGAAAUUUUGA